GUUCUAAAAUCCAUGUUGAAACCGAAACGUAUAGCUCUUCGAGGCGGUGAUGGUCGUAGGUACCUUAUUAUGUGUAAACCGUGCGAUGAAUUACGCAAAGACGCUCGAUUUAUGGACGUUAAUAGGAUGAUGAACAGCCUAAUGCGGCAAAAUGCUGAUGCUCGUCGUAGGCAACUAACAGUGCGUACAUUCAGCGUCAUUCCCCUACAGGAUGCUGGUGGAAUUGUCGAAUGGCUACCUAAUUUAGUACCAUAUCGUGGUGUACUACAGCCACUUUUUGAAGAGAAAGGAGACCCUCUACCAGAUGCCCAGUGGUUUACUAAUUGGAAUGCAAAUUCGCCUAUCGAGGAUCGUUUGGAAAGAAUGAGAUCGACAUUCUAUCAGCGCUAUCCACUUGUCAUGGCGGAAUGGUUCAGGUUAAGAAUCCACAUUAACAGUAUAUCAGUUUCAAACAGAAACAAUUACAAGUAUUUGUAG